UUAAUUUUGAAUAAUUGCAUAUUUUUUGUAUGAUAAUCAUUUAAUAAUUAUUCUCUUUUAAUUUUGCAACGUAUUCCUAAUUUUUUUUCCUGUAUAAUUAACUUUGUUAAACAAAAUAUCUCUGUUUAACACGUGUACGUUCUUUAUAUACGAAGUAAACUAAACAGGGCGAUAUGAGAUAACGGAACGUCUCAUAAAUUUAACAGUGUAUAAAUUAGCGUGGCUUUUUAUACCCUGGGCACAAAAAAAAAAUUCAAAGUUUGGUGCGUUCAGAAAGCCUCUUUGUUUCUACUUUAGCUUCAGAGCCACAAUGAUAAGCCAUAUUUUUCAACAAUUUAUUUUUACUAUUAUAAUAAUAUACGCGAUUGCAGUUGACGAGAUGUCCAAUGAAGAGGAUCUUGAGAGCAUUUUUCUACGUGUUUAUGUCGGGAUCACUUUGAACGAAUAUGUUGACUAUUCGCUGAAGAAUGCCAGCGCGAUCACAUCUCGGAUAAUCAAUAGCAAACCGACGGUGAUGUAUAUUCAUGGCUUUACAGAACACAUGGAAAAAGAAAGUGUACGAACAGUGGUGCAAGCUUACUUGAAGAGAAAUGAUCAUAAUAUUAUCGGAGUAGAUUACCGUAAAUUAGCAAAUGAAUCGUAUUUAAAAGUGGCAAGAAAUGCUCCUCGCGUUGCAGAUGCUCUUGUGAUGUUUCUCGAUAAAAUGAUCAAAUCGGGUUUUGAUAAGGAAAAAUUGCAUAUUGUCGGACAUUCUAUGGGCAGCCAAAUCUCCGGCUAUGUCGGCAGAAAAGUCAGCUUUGAAAUUCCUAGAAUUACGGGACUAGAUCCUGCCGGUCCUCUCUACAACCGUCUCCAGCCUAGUCUUUCAUUCUCUGAUGCCCGUUUUGUGGAUAUCAUACAUACGGACUAUGGAUUUUAUGGUAUUGCCAAAACUAUGGGCACAGUGGACUUUUUUCCAAACGGUGGUGAACGAAUACAACCUGGCUGUCCGCAACGUCCUACGUUUCUCAGCAUUGAUGAUUUCUGCAGCCAUCGUCGUUCGUGGCAAUUCUAUGCUGAGUCUCUGAUCAAUGAAUCUGCCUUCUUAGGCGUACAAUGUGCUUCAUUACCUCACUUGGUCUCCGGCAGAUGCAGUAAUAACACACAAAUCAUCAUGGGAUACGCCACCCCGAACAGCGCACAAGGGACUAUCUAUCUUGUGACGGAUAAUAAAAGUCCUUUCGGGUUGAAAGACCAAGGACUCUCAUUGAAUUGAUGUUACGAUAAAAAACACAAUAUAAAAAGGACACCGCAAAAGUUCUAGAAAAUUAAAGAUAGUGAAUUCUCUUAUUAAUAUAAAAGAAAAAAAGGAAAUAGGAGAGAGAGUAUAUCAACCUUUGUGAUGUGCAUACUUUAUCACGCUACACAUUCAUUAUAUUUAAUGGACAAUCGAA